UGGAAUUUGGCUAAUUUGCUUUUAAUGUGCAGUGUGCCAAACAAAGGGAAGAGAACAAGGCCCUGCAAGCCACCAUGCAGACAGCCGCGUCCAACGCCACAAAGGAACUACAAACAAAGGAAAAGCGGAUCCAAUAUUUGGAGAAAAAGGUGCAAUCUAUGCGGGACGAGCGAGCAGCCAAAGCGCGAGAAUUUUCAGAAGCGCAGCAACAUAUCAGCCGACUCAUGGGCGUGAUGGGCUUCAAAGCCAAUCCUGUAGAGCCAGAAGCUUCAAACAAACACCAGCGGCCUAGGUCAAACUUAGGACCGUCCCAGGCUGCGACCAUGCGGCAGAAAGCAAAUGCAGGGGAAGACGACGACAACACCCAGGCCCAGGUCGAACAUUCACCAGCCGAGUCGUUCGAGCCCAACACACCUUGCUCUACUGGUCGAAACCCCAAGAGAUCCAAGGGUAAUCCUUGGUCACUGGAUCCAUCACCGGUAUCUCAUAAGGCUGGUGACCGAAGGUCAAAAGACUUGUCUUCCCCAAGUCACACAAGGCAGCGCCCGGAACGAUAUCCCCUUGGAGAUGCAGACCAGAAUAGCCAACUAAGCUCGCAGCAAAGCAGUGUCUCAAGCCACAGGCAAAGUGGAAUUUACCAGGAGAGCCAAGACUGCACCAAUCCAGAUGAGAACCGUCUCCAGGACAUCGACUUGGAUAUGGAUCUGGAAUCUUCGAAAGACUUUAUAUUCACGAGUACCUCCCUGUCAGAGGCGAACGACCAUCUGUUGGCACGGGAAACCCAGCAAUAAUACAUACGUAGAUAAGCUUUUUGAUGUACUGUUACGAGUUAUGAAAACCGAUAUGACCUUGUAGGUAGUCUAGGGCUUGCCAAACGGAAUUUUGAAAGAAAUAUCUUGUACAAAUGACCACUUUGAUGUUUCUGCUUAAUUACUGCAGGUUUUUGUGUUGCUUCUGAAAGAUUACCAUUACUCUGGCAUAGAUGGCUGCUAUUCUUUUCUGUCUGGAUUUUUUUUUCAGGCUUGAAACUUGAUGACUUCAGUCACCGUGGGAGACAGGGCCCUUUGACAAAGCGGUUGCAGUGAAUGAUCCCUCUCCCUCCUUGUUCUUCCCUCUUUAAUUAGGGCUAACUUCGAUCAAGUGAUUAUUUGAUAUUUUAUUUUCCCUCUCUUAUGGUCUCCUCCUAUUCCAC